AAUAAAAACAAAUGAUGUGUUGCUGACAUAUGUCCUCCCUCCCUUCGUUAGUUAUCCACUAUCAGUAAGUUUGAUGAAAUUUCAGAGUGUGAGAAUUGAACAUCAAUGGCUUCUAUAGCUUCAUAUUCAUCACUUUCCAAAGGGUUUCUUUUGCAUUCACUCACACCUCAAUUGAACAGCAGAGGUAGAAGGAAAAUAUUCAGACCCAAUUUUGUGAGAAUAAUGCCCACUCGUUCCUGUCUAGAUGACACUUCUUCUCUCCUCCAAGCAGCUAAAUACACUGUGGAUACAUAUGUGAAAAGUGGCAUGGUUGUAGGAUUAGGGUCUGGUCAUGCUUCUGGUAUGGCCAUUCAGCAUUUAGGUCGCCAACUUCGUCAUGGUAAUUUGAAGGACAUAGUAGGGAUUCCCAUGUCUGUUGCAAGUGCAAGUGAAGCAGCAAAGGCUGGGAUUCCAAUGGAUACUUACCAAAGCAGUUCUCAAAUUGAUUUUGCAUUUGAUGAUGCUGAUGGUGUAGAAGAGGGGACAUUUGUUUCCAUCAUUGGGCGCCGGAAAUUGCAAAGCGAGGAAUCCAUAAUCCAGGAGAAGUCCAUACUGAAUGAUGCCAAUAAACUAGUGUUCAUUAUCGAAGAAAACCAGUACAAAGGUCAUCUGGAAGGUUCUAUUCCAGUUUUAAUUCAGUCUCUGAACUGGUUGGCAAUUGCGGAAGAGAUUGAUGAUAUGUUUCUUGGUGAUGCUGAGGUGUGGAGAAGAUCAUCUAUUGGCCAAGUAGAUCCACUAGGAGGCGACUUUCCACUAGUCACAAAAGAAGGACAUAAUGUUCUUGAUGUUAUCUUCACAUCUCCAAUACCAAACCUCGCUGAAGUCGCGAAAAUCCUUGAUAACAUUGACGGCGUUGUUGACCAUGGUGUCAUAUCUAAAAUCCCAUGUACAGUGGUAAUUGCUUCUCCAAAUGGUUUGAACGUUUUGGACAAAUUGACUGCAGAUAUAGUGGGUUAGCCACUUAAGCUUUAAUUCUUAUACCUCUGGUUUGCGGAUGAAUGUAAAUGACAGGUUAAGAUUAGGAACACUACACAUUGUUGUUAUCAACAAUGACGGAUUUUGCCGCCACACACGCCCUGUUGCAACUCUGCUACUAUGAUUUUCUAUUUCUAUUGAUGUAUUGGUUUGCAUAGUCUCUACAAUUCUUGUAUGUUAGUAGUAAACUUUUCCUGUUAUGCUGCAAUGCAGCAUACUCUUUGGUUUCCAGCAAUCAGCUUUUAUUAUUAAUCUA